GCCGCGGCCGGGGGCACUCGCCUCCCGCCCUCCCGCGCGGGCCGAGGCCGGGGCCCGCGCCUGCGAGGCCGCUCCUGCAGCGGGCCGGGCCGGGGAGCGGGCGCGGGGCCGCGGCGCGCCUCUUUGUGCGCCGGGCUGAGGAGCGGCGGGACGCGGGCCAGGCCACCUCACCCUCGCCGCCGUUGAGCUCCGGGCCCGGGGCCGAGGAGGGGCCGCGGGGCUGCGUCGGGGCCCCCCUCUCGACGGCGUCCCGGGCCGGCUCCAUUUUGUGCGGGGAGCCGGCCGAGGGGCGGGAGACGCGGCCCGGGCCCUGGCCCCGUAGCCCCGGCCGCGGCGCGAGUCCCCGGGGGCGCCCCCCUCCCGCCCGCGGGGCUGUGGCGGGGCCCGGCGCUUUGUCUGCCCGCACAUCUCGGGGGCCGCGCGGCGGGUGGGAGGCAGGCGUUGGGCGCUGGGCCGGGGCGGCCGGGCGAGUCAGGGGAUGCGCUCUGGGGGCGGCCUCCUGGCACUCGCAGGGCUGACAGGUCGCCGGGACCGGGCCGUGGGGCCAGGGCCACCCAGGCACCUGCGUGGGGAGGAAGGCAUGGCUUUAGCUUCCCCGCAGCCUGGUUUGCGCGUAAAGAAUGCAGCCAUCUGGCGGCUUGCGGUCCCUGGACUUGCCCCGAAGGUGGGAAGGAAGCCCUUCGGAUUGGACUAAGGUUGAAAUCACAAAGAUUAGACACCUUUUUAGAUAGGUGUUCUUCAGCACCACUGACAACACGGUUCUGACAGUAUUCCAUGACAGUUAUGUAACAUUUGUCCUGCAAGCUGAGGACAGAGACCUUGUCUGUUGUUGACAGCUACGUGACCAGCACAUAGCAUGGACCUGAUGGAUGGUGACAGUUCUACAACAGAUGCUUCUCAACUAGGAAUCUCUGCAGACUAUAUUGGAGGAAGUCAUUAUGUUAUACAGCCUCAUGAUGAUACUGAGGACAGCAUGAAUGAUCAUGAAGACACAAAUGGUUCAAAAGAAAGUUUCAGAGAACAAGAUAUAUAUCUUCCAAUAGCAAACGUGGCUAGGAUAAUGAAAAAUGCCAUACCUCAAACGGGAAAGAUUGCAAAAGAUGCCAAAGAAUGUGUUCAAGAAUGUGUAAGUGAGUUCAUCAGUUUUAUAACAUCUGAAGCAAGUGAAAGGUGCCAUCAAGAGAAACGGAAAACAAUCAAUGGAGAAGAUAUUCUCUUUGCUAUGUCUACUUUAGGCUUUGACAGUUAUGUGGAACCUCUGAAAUUAUACCUUCAGAAAUUCAGAGAGGCUAUGAAAGGAGAAAAGGGAAUUGGUGGAGCAGUCACAGCUACAGAUGGACUAAGUGAAGAGCUUACAGAGGAGGCAUUUACUAACCAGUUACCAGCUGGCUUAAUAACCACAGACGGUCAACAACAAAAUGUUAUGGUUUACACAACAUCAUAUCAACAGAUUUCUGGUGUUCAACAAAUUCAGUUUUCAUGAUCUGAAGAAAUGAUGGAAUGGGGAGUGUAGAGAAAUGAGAGUCUGUAUGAUUCUGGAACAGAGACAUCAGAAGGAAAGACUGGUGAAAAGAUGUAUCUUUGUAUAUUAAUAGCUGUAAUGUAGCUUCCUGAUGCUUGACUAAUUGAGGUGUUAAUUCUGACUUGAGAAUCUUUUUCAUGAAUGAUUUUAAAGAAAAAUUUGGAUUUUAAAGGUAUUAAAAUAUUUUUGUUUUGUACGAGAGUUUGUUGCUCUGUAUGACUCCUGUAUGCAUUGUAUAUUGCAAUUUAUUACUGUCAGAGAUUUGUAGACAGUUUCUUAUUUUCAUAUUGAAUCAUGUUACUUUUGUAAUUCAAGUAAGCAGCUGGGUUAAUUCAUGAUGUUUGCCCUUUUAAUAAAAUAUAAGGGUAGAGUUCAUUUUGAAUGCAAGUUGCCUUUAUUAUAAAUUUGAGUUUGUCUUGGUUAUACCUUGCAUGAUAACCUAGCUAGAUUUCUAGCAUUUGCUGUAUUUAUUAAAAUUAUUAUUUUUUUGGUAAAACAUUAAUAGUUUAAGCAGCAUCAUUUUUUUAAAAAAUGUAAUUGAAUAAGUGUGAAUGCAGAAGCAAAUAUUGUCUGCCCUGUUAAACUUGGUGCCCAUUAACAGUGUUUACACUGUUCAUCGUGCCUGUUAAUGUAGUUUUAGUUAUUGGAGCUUUUUUAAGACUAGAUUUGGUUUUGAGUUACAUUUUUAAGAAUGUGGGAAUACAUUUAAGUUUAAUGUAGUCCUAGUGCUCUUGAAAUGGUGCCCCUUUCAUUUGGUACAUGAUUUUUUUUCAAAUCGUAUCCUCUUACAGAAGAGGAGUUUUAUAGUCUGAUGGUAAAUGUCUUCAUUUUACCUUUUUAAUUGAAAUGUCAAGUUUCCUGUUACACUACGGAAACCAAGAAACAUCAGACAUCAUUGCGUGUACAGACCUUUUGCAUGGGUGAGUGAAUGAAAUGGAGAACAGAGUGAGUGCUGUGAACGGUGUGAAAUAGAAGCCAACUUCUAGUAUGCUGUCUUCAUCUCUGCAAUAAACUAAACGUAAAUAAUGUAACUUUGUAUAAUUUAGUAGUAUGUACUUGGAUUGUUUCUUUUUGAAAAGUGAAGAUUUGUAUUUUCUCAUCUAUUCUUUUUGGUGUUAACUUGAGGGAUUUCUUUUUUAAGUUUUUAAUAUCAAAAAUUGCUAUUGUAUAGUUUGCCUAAAAGGAAGUUGGAGUGAAUAUCAUCUUUGAAGGACACUCAGAUUUAUAAGGUGGAAGCAAUUUCCCAGAUAUAGGCUGAACAGAAACAUUUACUUUGCCAGAAGGAGCCUUUAGGAGUAUAUGUGGGCUAAUGAGAGGUUAAUAAUGUCCUCAUCUCCUACUCUCCAUUUAAAAAACAAACUUCAUUGUAGUAAAUUCAAAUAGGAAAAAAUGGGGGAGAAGUUAAGCAAAAUCAACAAUCAUCCUACUAUGUUGAAAGAACCAAUGUUAAUAUUUUGAUAAAUAUCAUUUGUCCUUUUACUUUGCUAAAUAUGUAUAUUUUUAUAAAAAUGGGCUCAUAUUGUGCAUACCGUUUUGUAACCUGCUUUUUUCACUUAACAAUAUAUUGGGAACAUCUUUUCCAGGUCAUGCAUAGUCUUCUGCAUCAUUUUUAUUGGUUUAUUAUUCUGCUGUAUGACUCAAUCAUAAUUUAUUUAAUCUUCUAUUGGAUAUUUUGACUGUUUACAUCUUUUCACAGUUAUAAACAGCACUUCACUGAA